CGACGAGGCACUCUCCUGUGAAAAAAAUCGCCCGGGAGCGGAAAAGACGAGGCACGAAACGACUGCUGCUUCAGAGAUCCGUCGAAGUCAUCUGCAACAACAUGGACGAGAUCGCUUUGUCGCGAAGGUAGGUGCGGGACGCAAGGGAGAGAAAGAUCUCCUUGGCGAUGGAACGGCGCUGCUCUGCUGUUUGUGUGUCCGUCUGUUCAGUAGCCAAACCAACCAGUGGUCAUUGCCGCAGCACGAGCACAGCGACCACAUGAACAAUGCCCCUCUGUCAAGGCCGCCGAGGUGGGAACGGCUCACAAGGGAGAGAGAGAUGACAAUGGAAGGGUCCUGCUUUGCUGUCUUGUUCAGUGGUCUUCCACAUUAUCCCGCGGCAUCCUGCAAUGCUGCACCUUCGGCUGCCGUCCCUAUGCCUCCAUUCCUGUCUUCCUUGGCCGAGAGGACGACAGAUGUCAACGUGCUGCACUGCGCCCUCAUCGUUGACGGCGCGAACCUUCUCCGUCGGUACAGCGACUGUUUUAGGAGUCGCGCCUGGCUCAACUACAAGACAUUCGAGGGCAUCGUCGAUGACGUGAUCGAUUUCUUCGCGUCCUCGACUGGCAAGACAAUCUCAAUCGACCCCGAUCUGUCAGUCUUCGUCGACACCGGGCCAAAUGCAAUGUACGAGAAGAGAAGAGCAGCCCUGAUGAGAGCAUCACAGCUAUGGGACCACCAUCGAAAGCUCGAGCAAGCUGCAGACGACCGCAAAAUGAUGACCAAUUUCCACCGAUGCGUAGAGGCUCCUGCUGGAACUCUCUACGACGCUCCUGGAGGGAAGAUGGCGAAGCGGCAUGAGUUUCAACUGAGACGGGUGGAUGUGAAGAGGGUGCCUGGUCCGUACCAACAACUCUUUCGGCAGGUUGGCGGGGAUUUGGUUGUUUACGAUGCUAUGCUGCAUGCGGCUGCGAGUGAAAGCGUUGAUGCUGUCGUUCUCUUCAGCGGUGAGCCACAAGGGGGAAAGAGGGAGUAUGCUAUCAGACGACACAGACGACCAUUGUUUUGUUUUCUCUUUGACAGGUGACGGCGAUUUCGUCGAAGCCUUUCUCGGCCUUGACAAGAGGACGCCUCACAAAGAAAAGAAGAAGCUCGUGGCUGGCUUCUACAACGGCCUCAAGUGAGCAUGCAUUGUGCGUGUGUUUAGAAGGAUGCAAUACAUUCAUCCGCUAUCCGCUUUGUUGUUCCCGUGUGCAGUCAUGAUUUGAUGAGAGCGGCAGAUGUCGACGGUCGGUGCGCCCUGAGGGUUGAUCCCCAAUCAGGACGAGUGUGGGCGGAGGAAUGGAGAGACCCCUUCCCUUGGGAGAAGCGUCUAAAUGUCAUCAGCGUGAUGUACACACUACCCCCGACGCAUGUCAGACGACCAGCGGAUGACGUGGUGCGUGAGGGAUCUCGCCGUGACAACGACAACAAGCCGCCCGUCAUUACGAAGCGACAUGACAGCAAGGAAGAGGAGGAAGAGACGGACUUAGGUGCCUCACGGCCAGGCGUCCAUCCUUUUAUUCGACAUGUCGGCGGCCGGAUGUAUAUUGAACUGCUGCCUGUCGAUGCGAAGAAAGCGCCUGGGCCAGAGUUCUUCUGCUACCUGGGCAAGUGAUGUAUACUCUAUCUCGUCCUAUAGUUUUGUGAGCCUAUAGUAGGCUCUCUGUGCGAUUUGUAGCUCUCAC